AUGAGCGAAAUUUAAUUUACUUAAAUGGAGGUUGAAGACUCUAAUUUUUAUUAAAAUAGCGAGGAAAACAAAUCAACUUAAACAUCAAGCCAUUCUGAUAAUUAGCUAAGCCCUGAAUUUUAUGAAAGCUAAAUAGAAAAAGAUAUUUAGAACAAUAAUGUUUAUUAAUAAAAGUUAAUCCGAUUGUAGAAUAAAUUAGAAUGCAAAAGGACUAAAAAGAAUUAAAAGUUGUUUGUAAGCAUUCCUUUUCUUUUGAAAUAGAAUAUUGGAUAUAAAGAUUAGUUUACUAUUUUUGGCGGGAUUACAGUUCAUGUAGGAAAAGAAAUAUAUUUAGAGAGUUAGUAUCAGAAAACUUCAAUUGGAGAUAAUUUUAGGCAGCCUUUUGAAUUAUUAUUUAAUAAGGUUAAUAGUAGGUACGAUUGUCUUUACCAAUCACAAUAAAAAGGAAGGGUUGAUUUUGAUAUGAUCAUAGAUAUGUGCUACAAAAAACAGUCUCAAGAAUACAAGGAAUUAGGAGAUUUGCUUAGCUUUUACUAAAGAAAUGUAAAAAAAGUGAAGGUUUUAGAAGAAAGAGUUCUUAAAAUUAAGAAAGAGGAACUCUAAGAAAUAGAAAGCGAAUAUUAAUAGUUUGUAGCACAUUGCAAAUAGUUAAUAGAUAAUAAAGGCUCGAAUGAAAUUUACAGAUAUUGUAUUGGCAGGUUGAAUUAUGCAAUGGGUGAUAUUGAAAUAUAAUAUUCUGGCUUUUCGCAAGGCUACUUGCAUUUAUUAGGAAUAAAUGGGGAUAUUUAUCAGUAGCUAUUUUUGAGAGGUAAACAAAUUAGCCUUUAAUCAAAAGAUACACCGAAAGUAAGUCUUUCGCAGCAAGCAAUUUUGCAAAGAAUUGACUUUGAUAAUAAAUCUGACCACUCUAUGUAAUACAAAAUAAAAACAAUUGAUGGUUUUGAGAUAACUAUCAAAGAAAAAUUAAUUAAAAUUGAUAGCCCAUUCACAGCUCAUCAAAUAACAAAAAUAGAUCAUAUUUGCUAUAUAGUAGAUUGCGAGGUUGAUGUAGAUGAUAUUUUAAAUUUGAUACAAUACAGAGAAAAGAUAGUUGCUGAAAACAAUUACAAAUCAUACGAAGACUACAUGGCUUCCAUCAUGCAUUAAAAUCUUAAUGAUGUAGAAUAUUCUGUACUUUCUGAAUAUUUCUUAUAAAAAUAUUACCCAGAGCAAUAUAAAUAUACUCUUUAAGAAUAAAACGAAAACAAUUAACAAUAAAAAUGA